CGUCGCUGCAGCAUCCUCUGGCGAAUCCGCAUCUCGCUCGUAACGAAUCCACCCUUGCCCGGCAUCUUUGUGUCGACCACGUGGUUCCAACCAUGGGCCACAGAGCAUUAUUCGUGGCAGUUCUCAGCCUGUUGUUUAUUGCGGUAUUGUCAGAAUUGACGACCGAUUCUUCUUUUACAAGCACAAAAAGCCAAACGUCAACCACCGAGAAAGUGACAACAACAGUACCAGAGACGACUUUCUCUGAGACAACAUCUUCCACAGUGUCGUCCACCACAUCGACGCCCUCGAAGAGUUCGUCGACGACAACAGAGCUGCCCCCGCCGCAGUCGUUCACGGAAUGGCAAGAUAUGGAAGAUCUGGAAUCUGAAAAACUGGUCAAUUUUGUGGUCAGCGAGAUUCAGAAAUUGAAGGUGGAGCAUAAAGAGUUGGAUGAAUGUCAGGAAUUGGAGUUAUCGAGCGUACUCAGUGGCAAAAAACUGGCAGGAAAAGUAACAAAAUACAGCAUAACUCUGAAAGUUCAACCACAAAUAAAGAACACCGAGGGAUGUUUACAGCAGAACUCUACCAUGGCUAAUUUGCAUCCCGAAAUUUGUGAAGCUGAUGUUACGGAAGGUGAUCAUGGUGGAUCUGAUGACAAAACGCUGCUCAGGUCAACUUGUCUGCAAGUGGAGGAACUACAGGAUUAGUCGUUUUAUAUGUAAACUAUGAUCACACCCAUUAGAGAGAUAACUUCACACGCUGCGAAUUACAUGCACUAAUUAGAUGAAGCAGGUUUCUUUUAAAUAAAAUUAUCAAAUUUAAAACUGCUAUUUGCUGUACAAUAUGCCACCAGUUUUUUAUAAUAUUAGGGUUGGCAAGAUCUUGUCAAAAGUGGAAAAAAAAAACAUGGGUAAAACAUUAGAAACCUUACUGGCAGAAAUAUCUGUUUACCAAUGUUUGCUAAAAUGGCAAAAAAAUAGAUGUUCUUUACUUACUGGUAUCGUUAGUCGCUAAUUUUAAUUUUUAAUAACUUAAACUGUAAUCACAUUACUGUAAUAUUUUCAAACUUCAAGUAUUCAAAUUCUAUUGGAACAGUAAUCAAAACGUUAUGUUUGUACCGUUUUAUUUAGUGUAGAAUUUACGAAAGAGGAGAGUUGAUAACAAGGAAAUAGUUCGCUUACUUCAGUUUAAACUGUUAAGUAACAGUAGUUACCAUUUAAUAACAAAGUCUUACAUUUUAGUUAAUUUUUAACGGAAGUAAUAUCAAUUUGACAAUGAUACUAGAUAACAGAAAUGUGAAAGAAACAACUAUAAUUUGUAUGUAAUAUAAACAUUUAAAACGAAAGAAAAGCAACAAGAUCAUAUUAAUCUAUGACUUUAUGAAUAAAAAAUGCACUAAAAGAGGUUCAAUGCCAUCCUCUACAUCACGAACCUUUUUUUAACAUUGAAUUUCAAAAAUCGAAAUGUGUUACGCUAUCUACUCCCACAACCUUUUUCGAGUUCUGUUCGAGUAGUAAUUUAUGCUGUUUUAAUUAUCAAAUUAAUAGUAAUUAAAAACGAAAUAAAUGUUUUGACUCAAGUCUCAAUUGGAUUAUGCCCGAAUUUAUAUCUUUUUUUUUCUGAACGUCUUUAAAAUCCCACAAAAACUUCCUACCUUUUGCCAUUUUAGCCAGUUGUUACCUGGGUUUUUUUUCCACGUUUUCCGGCUGUCCUGGUUAAGAUACCAUUUUAACGGCAAAACUACCAACCCCCUAUCGUAUACAUUUUUAAUUUCAACAAUGAGCUAGUACGAAAUGUAGGAUAUCAAACACAAGGUGUCAAAUUACCAUAGUCCAGAUUAAUAUUUCUUGUACAGUAAAAUUUGAUAAAGGUUUUCAUGUGGAUAAUCUAAAUUAGAUGAAUAAUUUGUCAUUUUAUAAGCAUACUUUUAUUUAACAAAUAUUAUUAACUACAUUGACUUAUAUUUUAUUGAAUCUGUAAAUUAUCUUUAAACUUUGCUUAUGGCCCCGUUAUAAAUUAUCUUCCCAAUUUCUAAAUACUAAAAUCAGAACUUCGAUUUCUUUUUUAACUUGAACCCUAACAAUAAAGUAAAACCUCAUAAAUAUUAUCCAGUUAUGUUAUUUCUAAAAAAAAAUGAAUAAACAGACUUGCAUACAGUGGAUAUCAGAAGGUAAAGAUAAAGAAAAUUGCAUGUAUAGAAAUAAGAUAAAACUUUCUUGAAGAAACGUUACAAAUUUUGCUUGCAAAGCAAAUAGAAGCUUAUGUUUUAGCUGCAUUUUGCUCUCAUUGAUUGUAGAAAAGUACCCUUUUCUUUUAAUAAUUUAUACAUUGCCUUUGGUUUAAAAAAAGAAACAUUUCCUUUAUGGUACAUUUUAUGCAUGGAUCUUAAAAACACAUCUUUAGAUUAUGGAAUACCUCGAUGUAUGCUUCAAUAUUUUGAUGCUUUGAUAUUUGAGGACAGGUAUGUACAUUGGUUAUUUCCUAUAUUAUAUUUUUUAAACAAUUGCGUGACAAAGAAGAAAUGGUAAAUGUCAACUGAAUAUGGUAAAGUUAAAUGUCGCUAGAUAAUAAUAGAAGAACUUAAUAAACGAAAUUCAUUCAUAUUCUAAUACCUUACUUUGUGUACUGUUAAUAAUUUGAGUAUUUUAAUCUUUUAGUUGGAUUUUACGGCGGCAAAGUGUAAUUUAUAUACUUACCGUCAGGGAUAAAGCUUCAAAUAAGAGCAGAAAACUUGCAAAUGGCAAACAAUAUUCUUAUGAGAAAUCUAUGCUAAAGUAUAAGAGUAUAAUCUAAUAAUUUGAAAAACUAGUUUACAUUACAUUUACUUAUAAUGUUAAUUCAUUAUAUAAUGCAUCUGCAUGCGUUUAAUUGUUCCAAAAAAGUGAAAAACAGAAAUUAAGAAAAAAAAUACAGUUAGUAUGUUGAUGUGACUUAUAAGUAAAGGUUGCAAUUUUGUUCCCUUUAAAGUAAUAAUUUAAAUGUCUAAGUAAUUAGUCAUUGAAUGGGACUAUACGAAAUUAACGUAAAAAUCAUAAAAAAACAAACACAAAAAUUGAUAAAAGCAUUUUAUCAAACUAAAUGGUGCUGAAUAUAUUACUUACUUUGAAUAAUUCUUCUUGCCAGUUUAUUAUCAAUUGAUGUAAAUUUUCAUGUAUAUAUUUACACUUUGUAAUAUGUUUGUAAAUAUAUUCAUUAAAUAUUUAAUUUUGCAAAUUCCUAUCCCGUAGGACAUGUAUGUAUUUAGAUUUAAGAGGUUGAAGUAUUUGUACAUAUUUAUCAACUUGAACUGCUGAUCAAAAUCUUGUAAUUGUUUUUUGUAAUAAAAUAUUUUAAAUGCCUGUA